AUUUUCCUGCUCCAGUGCUGAAAACAUGGCAAUCCUCAGAACAGCUGUUCUCGUGUUUUUAUGUUUUAUAGGUGUAAACGGUCAGACACUGACUGAGUCUGAACCAGCGCUCAUAGAACCAGGAGGUUCUCAUAAACUGACCUGUACAAGUUCUGGAUUCACCUUCAGCAGCUACUGGAUGGGCUGGAUCAGACAGGCUCCUGGGAAAGGACUGGAAUGGAUUGCACACAUUUAUGACAGCAGUAACAUUUACUUUUCCUCAACACUGAAAGGACGAUUCAGCAUCUCCAGAGACAACAGCAAAAAUCAGAUAUACCUUCAUCUGAGCAGUGUGAGGAGUGAGGACACCGCUGUGUAUUACUGUGCCCGAUUGCCACAUACAAAUACUACAGUACAUCCACAGACUGAACUGAGAUCAUUUUACUGCUCCAGUGCUGAAAACAUGGCAAUCCUCAGAACAGCUGUUCUCGUGUUUUUAUGUUUUAUAGGUAUAAAAGGUCAGACACUGACUGAGUCUGAACCAGCGCUCAUAGAACCAGGAGGUUCUCAUAAACUGACCUGUACAAGUUCUGGAUUCACCUUCAGCAGCUACUGGAUGAGCUGGAUCAGACAGGCUCCUGGAAAAGGACUGGAAUGGAUAGCAAACAUUAAUUCUGGCAGCAGCAUUGAGUUUUCCUCAACACUGAAAGGAAGAUUCAGCAUCUCCAGAGACAACAGCAAAAAUCAGAUAUACCUUCAUCUGAGCAGUGUGAGGAGUGAGGACACCGCUGUGUAUUACUGUGCCCGAUUGCCACAGUGA